CAGAGAGCUACAACACCGAGCGGCGCGUGAGCGCGACCCGCUUCAUGGACUACAACAAACAUCAACAACAACACCACCAACAACAACAACACGUCUGUUUGCGUGUUCUCUUAACGCGUGUUGGAGCGGUGUUUGGGAAAGCGGCGGACUCGCUGUCGGGGAACAUCGCGGUCUGCCCCUGACUGCACGGAGCCGUCAGCUAGCGCUUAGCAUUAGCAUUAGCAUUAGCCCCAGCGCUAGCGUUAACGUUAACGUUCUACUGGAGAUGCGUUGCUCCACCGCUGAAUAAGUAAUAACACUUUCUCUCUUUCUCUAACACACACACACAGACACACACACACACACACUCACACUCUCUCUCUCUCUCACUCUCUCUCACACACACACACACUUUUGUGAUUUAACUGAUAUUCCUCACCACUGUUAGCGUUUUUAGGUGCGGUUGCAGUGAUGCUAGGUAGCUAAAGCUAACAGGGAUAAAGUGAAAGAGUGGUGUUUUAUUCCUGUGCCUUAGGAUGGAAAGUGACAUUUAAAGGACAGGACAGGACAGGACAAGCUUGUGUCUGCAGUGCUUGUGCACGGUUAGUACACUGAGCUGAUGGACACACAAACAGAAUCUAGCUGCAUGAUGUUUGUGAGUCCAGAGCUGAGCUGAGUGUUGAUGAGGAUGUGACUUAUGGCAUCAUUGCUAGUGACCGCUUUCGUGUUUACAUCGUUUGCUCAGUGCAGUUUGGGGACCAGAAUCUUCCAGUGAUGAGCUGAAUAAGGAAUUUUCCUUUGAUACAGAGACAACAAUAAACAAAGCUAAAAUGGCUCUUUUCAAACACAAAACUGCUGUGACAUUGACUUUAUGUUUCAGAUUUGGACAAGGCGACCAGUUUCUGAGCUAUUUUGCACUCAAAUAGCUUAAAGGUGCAAUUGUUUUUUUUUUUUUUUAAUUCCUGAUUUGUAUAACUAACCUGGAAGACAUGUAGGACAUGAUUAAAAACCUUUUAGUGUGUCGAGGUGCUGAGAAAACCCAAACUUGUGAGCGUUUGGAUGCGUCUCCUGUCAAACGUUUUAAAGAUAUCCUACAGGCCAAUGUAGGUCUUUAUUAAAUGUCGAAACCAGGCUGGUGUUUGAUCAGCUGGGUUAACAUGGCAGCUAGCAGACAGCACUGAUAAGGGUUUUUUUUUUGUAAUUGGUUAAUAAUUGUGAAAUUGCUGCCAUGUCGAGCAAAGCUUCGAGCAAAGAGAAGAAGUCCGGGCUCGGGAAGAAGCUGUUCCGCCGUGGCUCGGUACGGUCCGUGGGCAGUUUUAUGAGCAGAGUGCUCAAGACCCUGUCCACUUUAUCGCAUUUCGGAUCCGAGCUUCAGCCACCCGAAGGGGAAAAGGACGACGGAGGAUUCGCGGCGUUUAAAAACGAAGGCAAGGGAUCGGUGGCCUCAGAUGACAGCGACUGCGGAGGCUUUCUCAGCCAGGACAAAGUGCCCGGAGUGUCCGGUCUGAAGAACCACGGCAACACGUGCUUCAUGAACGCCAUUCUGCAGUGUCUGAGUAACACGGAGCUCUUUGCUGAGUAUUUAGCGCUUGAACAGUUUCGCGGACAAGCAGAGGAGGAGGAUAAGCCCAAGGCCAACGGAGUCCAUCCUCCAAGGAAAGAGAAAGGAGAAGUGACCGAGCAGCUGGCGGGUCUGGUCCGAGCUCUGUGGACCUUUGAAUACACUCCUCAGCAGAGCCGAGAGUUCAAGAACACUGUGGCGAAGCGAGCCAUGCAGUACAGAGGAAAUGCUCAGCAUGAUGCUCAGGAGUUCCUGCUCUGGCUCUUGGACCGCGUGCAUGAAGACCUGAACAACACGGGACAUAACAGACCUUCUAUAAAGCCGCCCCUCGAGGAAGAUGAUGGAGCUCUGGAGGGACCUUCACCCCCGCUGUCGGCUGGCUCUUUUGUCCAGGAGCUGUUUCAGGCCCAGUACAGAUCCUCACUCACAUGCCCACACUGCCAGAAGCAGAGCAACACUUUUGAUCCUUUUCUUUGCAUCUCGCUUCCCAUCCCGUUACCUCACACUCGGCCCCUGUACGUGACGGUGGUAUAUCAGGGUAAGUACUCCCACUGCAUGAGGAUCGGCGUGGCCGUGCCACUCAACAGCACCGUCUCCAGGCUCAGAGAAGCUGUUUCACGUGAGACCAAGAUUCCUCCAGACCAGUUUGUCUUGACCGAAAUGUAUUACGACGGUUUCCACCGCUCCUUCUGCGACGACGACCACGAUCUUGACAUCAUUCAAGAAAGCGACUCCAUCUUCGCGUUCGAAACCCCGGAGACGUUUAAACUAGAAAGCCUUCGCUCCAAAAGAGGGAGCCUCCUCGCAAACCUUAAUCAGAACAAUCUGAAGUACGGCAGCGACGGCUCUCGCACCCCGUCCUUCAUGCAAGGGGCCGUGAAUCCGGCGUCGCCCAACAAAAACAGCGCUGACAAGAUGAUCCUGCUGAUCUGCAACAGAGCCUGCAUCGGUCACCAAGGACGGAGGUUCGGCCUUCCUUUUGUACUGUACAUGGAGCGCACUGUAACCUGGGAUGUUCUUCAGAAGGCCAUUCUGGAGAAGAUGCAUCAUCUGCUAAGGCAAGGCGUUUUCAUCCAGGUGGGGCCUUUCAGCAUGAGAGUGGUCGGUGUGGUGGGGAUCACGUACUUGUUACCACAGGAGGAAUUUCCCUUGUGUCACCCCACCGUGGAGAGGGCGUACAAGUCCUGUGGCGCAGGAGGCCCUCCUCACGUCAAGAUCGUAGUGGAGUGGGAUAAAGAGACCAAGGAUUAUUUGUUUGGCCACACGGAGGAAGAGUACAUCCCUGAUGCUGAGAGCGUGUACCAGCACCGUGAGCAGCACCACCAGCCCCAGGCUUGUACCCUCGCUCAGUGCUUCCAGCUCUACACCAAAGAGGAGCAGCUGGCACCGGAUGAUGCUUGGCGCUGUCCGCACUGCAAGCAGCUGCAGCAAGGCCGCAUCAAGCUCAGCCUCUGGACCCUGCCUGAUGUUCUCAUCCUGCACCUUAAGAGGUUCAGACAGGAGGGAGACAGGCGGGUGAAAAUGCAGAACAUGGUGCGCUUCCCGUUGCUUGGCAUGGACAUGGCCCCGCACAUGGUGAAGAGGAGCCAGAGCAGUUGGAGCCUCCCUUCACACUGGUCGCCCUGGAGACGACCUUACGGUCUAGGCCGCAACCCGGACGACUACCUGUAUGACCUGUACGCCGUAUGCAAUCACCAUGGAAACAUGCACGGAGGGCACUACACAGCAUUUUGUAAGAACUCGAUUGAUGGCCAGUGGUACUGUUUUGAUGACAGCGAAGUCCAGCCCAUGGCUGACGAGGAAGUGUGCCAGCAGACAGCCUACAUUCUAUUUUACCAGAGAAGAGCAACUAUUCCUUCCUGGUCUGCUAACAGCUCUGUGGCUGGCUCCACCAGUUCCUCUCUGUGUGAGCACUGGGUUAACCGGAUUCCUGGCAGCAAGCCUCCUAGCCUGGCCUCAGGAGCCUCCUCACGGCGGACAUCACUUGCUUCCCUGGCCGAGUCCAUGGAGUUCCCUGGAGAUCGCAGCGAAGACGACGGAGGAUUCUCCACCCGACCCUUUGUGAGAAGCAUUCAGCGUCAGAGCUUGUCUUCCAGAUCCUCCAUAGCUAGCCCGCUGACUUUAAGCGAGAAUGGGAUAAAGCCCUCCUGGUCGCUGUCGGCCAAGCUCCAGAUGAGAUCCAACUCGCCCUCACGCUUCUCUUUAGACUCACGCUCCUCGCCGCCGCUGGAGAGGAUCGGAGAGGCCUGCGACGACAAGGUGUCUACGUCAUGCUUCGGCAGCUAUAGCAGGCACGAGCGCCAGACCGGCAGCAAAGCCCCACUUGCCAUGAUGGAAGGAAAUAGCAGCGACGAUGGCAGCGGUAAAAGGAACACAGAGGAGGUCUACACCAGGGCUCCUUCAGUGGCUGACAAAAAGAGCUCUAAAGGUGAACCACUGGACAACAACAACCAGAUCACUGCUGUGGACCAGAACUUGCAUGGGACUCCUACCAAGGAGCCAAAGCACAAGAGCUCAGGAGGCUCUGUGUCAAAGGCAGAGGGGUCCAGUGCCAAAAAGACCUCAACCAAGACCAAGGGGGAUCAAGAGAAGCCAUCUAAGAAACGACAGAGCACUUCAUCUGCCCAAAAGUCUCCUUCUUCCCAAGUGUCUUCCAGCUCUCAAGGGAAAGGUGCCAAAGUGACCAAUCUAAAAGAGAAGAGCGAUUCUGCCAAGGCCAGAAGCGUCUCUUCUGGAACCCCAACAAAGAAGAAAGAGUCUUCCCAAUCCCAGGAGGCAGCACAGACAUCUGCAGCCACAAAAACAAAGCAGCGUCUGACCCCCACCCCUCAGUCCUCCGCUUCCCCCUCACCCACUGCCAAGAAGAGCUCUUCAGGGAUGGAGAGGAGCACCAGCUUGUCAUCGAGCAGAAAGAAACUGGCCGAGAGGACCUCUAGCCGGGAUUCGUCUUAUGCCAGCCCCCUGACAGACAGACCCCGAGUGCCUCUAAAGGGUGCAGAAGGAAGCCGGCCUGAUAGGAGGCCGGUCAGGAGCUCGAGCAGCAGCUCGUCUCUCACCAGCCUGCGAUCGCCUAGCAUCUCGUCCAGAGAUCUGCGACGGGCCAGCAAGUCUGAGGACAAAGGGCUCUCUUUUUUUAAGAGCGCUCUGAGGCAAAAGGAGACACGCCGCUCGGCCGACCUGGGCAAGAGCGCAAUUCUCACGAAGAAGGUUGGUGAGAGGACAGCUCGGUCUAGCAGCCAGACCAAGCUCAGCACAGAAGACGGUGAGGGUGAGGGAAAUUCUUCUCCUGCCUCACUCUCCAGCAAAGAUGCCAGCGAAGACAAGGAGACGCCCAAACCCUCCACCCCUCUUAAGCGUUCACUGUUACCUGUAGGCAAGUCCAAGUCUUCCAGUUCUGACACCAUUCUCCAGUCCCCUGUCAACGGGAAGAGGCCCCUUGAAAAGUCCGCCUCAUCCCGAAAGCUUUCCUGCAGCAUGCUCCGGGCAACAAAGACGCCUCAAUAAUAGUUAAAAGAUAGUAGUUUUGUUAUUUUCUGCAAUGCAGCUAUUUUUGAUGUGCCUAAGAUAUGUAUAUACACACACACACACACACACACAAACACACACAUGUGAGGGAAAGAAAUAUAUAUAUAUACAUACAUAUAUAUACAGCAUAUAUCUUACUUUUCUCAAAGAAAAUGUGUACAUUAUCAAAAGCGCCUUUCUACCCUGCCAUGGAACCGAUUCAAUGGUAAGGUGCGGUGUACGAAUUUACUACUGUAUAAACUCUGAAUAGGAUUGUUCUGACUUAGCACUUUGUAUAUAUUACUUUCUCUCUCAAACAAGGCGUAUUCGAGAGACCAUGUAACACGUUUUUUUUUUUUUUAAGAUGUUAGUCUGCGGUUUUCUUUCACGAACUCAGUCGGGUCUUUGUGCUCUUCGCGGCACGUGCAACAAAUUACUUGCGUCUACUCUUCUACACUUGGUGCUAUUUAAAGGGUCGCGUCUCUGUGGCGAAAACAGAGAAUUGUAGUCGAGGCUCGACGCGCUAACCCGAUUCAAGUGCGAAAGUACACGGAAUUAUGCAGAAGGCCUAAAGUAGAACUCGUCAUAGGCAAACAUGAACAACACUAACUGUAGGAUCCCGUACUAUGGAAUAAUAAAGAAGUGUUCCAGUAGCGUUGCUGCCCUUAGACCUUAGUGCACACAGCAUUGUAGACCGGUAGCCAAUCUUUAGGAAUGAGCAACGGUAAUUAGACAAUCUUGUUUAUUUAUGUUUUUUGUUUGUUUACAUUUGAAAUUCUGUGCUUGCUUUGCUGUCCAUCUUCAACCAGAGAGAUGAAGGCAACGUAAGCUCUGCAUGAAGGUCUAUAUUUUUUAUUAUUAUUUUUUUAUUUUUAUUUUUUUAGUUUUGUGAUAAGAACCACAAAGUCAGUCUUGAGCCAUUUCCCUUGUAUAUUUUAUUUUUAUUUUUUUAUUUUAUUAUUAUUUUAAUUUUUUUUUUGCUAAUUCAGACGCCAGCAGCAUUAAUUAGUUUGAGCUUCUAGAGCUUUGAACCAGGGUGGAACCCCUUUGUGUACCAUUAACAUGUGGAUUACCAGUGCAAUAGUUUGCAGAACUUAAAUAAAAAAAACCCCUGAUAUAUAUUUACUCCUGUAUUUAAGAACUAUAACACUGAACUCAAUGUGUUUUCUGUACGUCAAUUUGAACAAUAAAUAUUUUAUGUAUGCAGCAGAGAUAAAGCUGAGAAAAAAAGAAGAAGAGUUCAUUAGUUUAAUAAGAGCGAUAUUAAAAUGCUGGAAUGCUGUGCCAUGUCACUUCAUGGGAUUCAUGAUCGAUUUAUUUCCAUUUAGACUUCCUUUGAGUGUAAGAGCGAUUAAAUCGGUCCCCCCCGUCCCCCAGGGUUUAAUUUAGAUCACAUAUACAAAUGCAGGACUCGUACACUUGCUGUGCGCAGUUUUUCUUUCAGUGAUUAAAAAAAAAGGUUCAUCAUAAGACAAUACAGAGUUCUGACGGGUUUAUUGGGAAUCGACGGCUCGGUCACGUCUAAGAAUAGACGAGCACACAGCCUUAGUUAUGCCGUGCACAUGUUGGCUUCUCAAACACCAGUCGUCUCAUCUUUACAACGGUUUCUCCGUGUCUAUUUUCAUCCCUCACUUUUAUUAACUUUUAAUAGAAUUUAAUAAGGAGGUGCAACACUUUUCCCUCUCAGACACUUUAACCAAUGCAGAUAGGACCAAAUCGAGCUGACGUAAGCUGCUAGUGUAAUUUUUUAAACACUAAACUGUUCUGCUUUUAUUAGAGCGUUACAGCUGAUCAAGAUUUUUUUUGUUUUUGGUAGGAAUUAAAAAAAAAAAAAUUGUUGCUUCAGAUUAUUUAUGUGAUUUUGGUCUGA